AGCUACCGCUGGUGCAGUGAAUAUUCACAAAAUAGAACGAAUUCAGAAUCCCCAUCUUUACAAGUGUUACACGGUAAGAAAACAGAAGAUGGACAAAGACCUUGGAAGAAAUAGUGAACGACAGUUGUUUCAUGGAACCGAUUCUAAAAAUGUCGACCACAUCAACACUCAAGGAUUUAACAGAAGCUUAUGUGGGGCCAAUGGAGUUCAUUAUGGACGCGGUGUGUAUUUUGCCAGAGACGCUAAAUACUCGCUUGGUUUCGCAGUGAACCGGGAGAGGAGGGCAGUAGCCGGGGGCCUCCGCUACAUGUUCCUUGCUCGGGUCCUGGUCGGGCAGUAUUGUGUAGGCAGAUCCUCAAUGAUCGUGCCUCCCCCAAAGAACCCUUCAACACCAGAGAUAUUGUAUGAAUCGGUGGUCGAUAAUCAAGGAAACCCAUCUAUUUUUGUUGUAUUUUGCGACAAUCAGUGUUAUCCAGAAUACCUUAUAACUUUGUAGUAGUAGGGAAAUAUUUCUUUGUCGAUGCCCUUCAUAGGAAAUGACGUCUACACAUGCAUUGUUGCGCCACAGAAUGUAAUAGCUGACGCAAGAUGUAAUUGUUCUUUAAUAUGCAAUAACUUUACACACAAAAUGUAAUAAGGAAUUCUAAGUCAAUAUGUACUUACUAUAGUGCUUAUUAAGCGAGCAGGAGGUUUGUAUGGGAGAAUCUUGACCGAGGUUUUUUAGUACAGACUUCACUGCGUUCUGUCUGUACUCACGACUGAGGUCAAGAUUCCCCCAUACAGACCGGCCAAGCUCGAUUAAUAAGAUGUAUAUUACCUGGCCAAACAAGACUUCGCUGAAAGUCGCUUAAUGUAGCCAGUUCGUAAUCGCCGCCAUUUUUCCUACGAACUGGGAUGAAAAAUUUGGUGAGAACGAGGUCGAACUUACUGAAAGAUGUGUUUCCAGCUUUUGUAGCUUUUUGUAUAAUUUUAUUCCUUUGUAUUCUAUCUUAUUUUAUUCUGUUGUAUUUUGUCACUAUUUUUUGGAGUUUUUAGCGUCUUUUACCAUUUCUCCCGUUGAAGACUGUGGUAAAGACAGUCGAAAGCUUGUAUUUUUAAAUACUCUUAGCCGGAGAACGUUUUUAUUUUCACAAUUAACAUGUUCCUGGUAUAAUGACUUCUGUUAAUCAGAAAGGGUUUGUCUCUUAUCCCUUAGGAAAGUUACACAAACGAGUUUGUUCAACGUUAUUUUUAACUUUUAACAGA